AUGGCCGCACUGGUCAAUCCUGAUUGGAAGGAGAAGAGAGGUGGUAGUUCUUCUUCCCGAUAUCAGAUAAAAGGCCAGUGGAUAGGCGAAGAAGACAGGAGACUGAUUAGCUUAGUACUACAAUUUGGAUUGGGGAAAUGGGUUGUAAUAGCUGAAGAAAUGGUUGGUAGAGUGGGAAAACAGUGUCGCGAGCGAUGGAAUAAUCAUCUGCGUCCUCUUAUCAAGAAGGACAUUUGGACUGAAGAUGAAGAGGGAUGGUUAAUUCAAGCACAUGAAGGACAAGGAAAUCGAUGGGCGGAGAUAGCUAAGUACAUUCCUCGAAGAACUAAAAAUUCAAUAAAGAAUCACUGGAAUGCUACAAAAAGGAGGCAGAUCUCAAGGAGAAGAUAA